UAGCGGGCGGGCGGGGUCCAAUGGGUGCCGGCUCCCGAGGAGAGGGCGGAGGAGAGGAGGAAGGAGGCAGAUUCUGGGCCCCGGCCCCAUUCAUUGCCGCGGCCGGCCGGGCGAGGGUCCCGUGUUUUCGGAGUCAUGGAGGCGCUAAUUCCUGUUAUCAACAAGCUCCAGGAUGUCUUCAACACGGUGGGCGCCGACAUCAUCCAGUUGCCGCAGAUCGUCGUGGUGGGAACGCAGAGCAGUGGAAAGAGCUCAGUGCUAGAAAGCCUAGUGGGGAGGGACCUGCUUCCCAGAGGCACUGGUAUUGUCACCCGGAGACCUCUCAUUCUGCAGCUAGUCCAUGUUUCACCCGAAGAUAAGCGAAAAACAACUGGAGAGGAAAAUGACCCUGCUACAUGGAAAAACUCAAGACACCUUUCUAAAGGGGUUGAAGCAGAAGAAUGGGGUAAAUUUCUUCACACCAAAAAUAAGCUUUACACGGAUUUUGAUGAAAUUCGACAAGAAAUUGAAAAUGAAACAGAAAGGAUUUCAGGAAAUAAUAAGGGAGUAAGCCCUGAGCCAAUUCAUCUUAAGAUUUUUUCACCCAAUGUUGUCAAUCUGACACUUGUGGAUUUGCCAGGAAUGACCAAGGUGCCUGUAGGUGAUCAGCCUAAGGAUAUUGAGCUUCAAAUCAGAGAGCUCAUUCUUCGGUUCAUCAGUAACCCAAAUUCCAUCAUCCUUGCUGUCACUGCUGCUAAUACAGAUAUGGCAACAUCAGAGGCACUUAAGAUUUCAAGAGAGGUAGAUCCAGAUGGCCGCAGAACCUUAGCUGUAAUCACUAAACUUGACCUCAUGGAUGCGGGUACUGAUGCCAUGGAUGUAUUGAUGGGAAGGGUUAUACCAGUCAAACUUGGAAUAAUUGGAGUAGUUAACAGGAGCCAGCUAGACAUUAACAAUAAGAAGAGUGUAACUGAUUCAAUCCGUGAUGAAUAUGCUUUCCUUCAAAAGAAAUACCCAUCUCUGGCUAAUAGAAAUGGAACUAAGUAUCUUGCUAGGACUCUAAACAGGCUAUUGAUGCAUCAUAUAAGAGAUUGCUUGCCAGAGCUGAAAACAAGGAUAAAUGUUCUAGCUGCUCAGUAUCAGUCUCUCCUAAACAGCUAUGGCGAACCUGUGGAUGAUAAAAGUGCUACUUUACUCCAGCUUAUUACCAAAUUUGCCACAGAAUAUUGUAACACUAUUGAAGGAACUGCAAAAUAUAUUGAAACUUCAGAGCUAUGCGGUGGUGCUAGGAUAUGUUAUAUUUUCCAUGAGACUUUUGGGCGAACUUUAGAAUCUGUUGACCCACUAGGUGGCCUUAACACUAUUGACAUUUUGACUGCCAUUAGAAAUGCUACUGGUCCUCGUCCUGCUUUGUUUGUGCCCGAAGUUUCAUUUGAGUUACUGGUCAAGCGGCAAAUCAAACGUCUGGAAGAACCCAGCCUGCGUUGUGUGGAACUGGUCCAUGAGGAGAUGCAGAGGAUCAUUCAGCACUGUAGCAAUUACAGCACACAGGAGUUGUUGCGGUUUCCUAAGCUUCAUGAUGCCAUAGUUGAAGUAGUGACUUGUCUUCUUCGUAAACGGUUGCCUGUUACAAAUGAAAUGGUCCAUAACUUAGUGGCAAUUGAAUUGGCUUAUAUCAACACAAAACAUCCAGACUUUGCUGAUGCUUGUGGGCUAAUGAACAAUAACAUAGAGGAACAAAGGAGAAACAGGCUAGCAAGAGAAUUACCUUCAGCUGUAUCACGAGACAAGUCUUAUAAAGUUCCAAGUGCUUUGGCACCUGCCUCCCAGGAGCCCUCCCCUGCUGCUUCUGCUGAGGCUGAUGGCAAGUUAAUUCAGGACAGCAGAAGAGAAACUAAACAUGCUGCAGCUGGAGGUGGUGGGGUUGGAGACGGUGUUCAGGAACCAACCACAGGCAACUGGAGAGGAAUGCUGAAAACUUCAAAAGCUGAAGAGUUAUUAGCUGAGGAAAAAUCAAAACCAAUUCCAAUUAUGCCAGCCAGUCCACAGAAAGGCCAUGCUGUGAACCUGCUGGAUGUGCCUGUUCCUGUUGCACGAAAACUGUCUGCCCGUGAACAGCGAGACUGUGAGGUCAUUGAACGGCUCAUCAAAUCAUAUUUUCUUAUUGUCAGAAAGAAUAUUCAAGACAGUGUGCCAAAGGCAGUAAUGCAUUUUUUGGUUAAUCAUGUGAAAGAUACUCUUCAGAGUGAGUUAGUAGGACAGCUGUAUAAAUCAUCCUUACUGGAUGAUCUUCUGACGGAAUCGGAGGACAUGGCACAGCGCAGGAAGGAAGCAGCUGACAUGCUAAAGGCAUUACAAGGUGCCAGUCAAAUAAUUGCCGAAAUCCGAGAGACUCAUCUUUGGUGAAGAGAACUAUAUAAUACUGAGACUUUGUUGACUCGAAAUUUGCUAGUUACUGCCUACUUGAGUAGAAUUUUAUUUAUGAACUCCUGUGUAUUGCAAUGGUAUGAAUCUGCUCAAGUGAAGAGACUGGCUACAAACUGAAAAUUUUACUCUGUAUUGCAGAACAAAUCAUACAUUUAAUCCAAAUAAUAAAUGGCUGUUUCUAAAGUUGCCCAGUACAUAUAAAAUA